AUGCGAUCACAGAGAUCGCAUCGUAAGCCGACGCGCAGGAAGGACGCCUACACGCAAGAAGACGACCACACCGAGGAGUCGCGGAAUUCUGCGUGCUCCUGGUUCCAAAGCCACCUCUGGCAUGUCUGCUACAAGCUCUCCACGUGCUGCGGCCUGCAGUCUCCCUGGCCAGCUUGGAAGCGGGUCACAUCGGGGCUCUUGCUGCUGGCAGGCAACUUCAUACUUUUCUGGUACAACUUGACGAUUUUUCUCCCAGCAAGCAAGCUUCCUGAUCGUGGCAGUUGGAGGAUUGCAGGAUACAAUCUGGAACGUGCCACAGAUGGGCAACUUCCGCAGCCCUUCCCAUCAGCUUUGUCGGACGUGCAGCCGCGGCAGAAGCCAAGCACCCAGCUCGAAUGGCCAGCACCGAGGAGACCCGGUAGACAGGUGCCGGAGAAGGCUCCGUCAGCAAAGGAUCUUGGGAUUGUGGAGGAUGCUAUAGACCAGGCAGAUCGACUGAUGUCUUAUGCUCUCCUUCAGAACACCACCCAAAUCAUUCGUUUUAGAACACGCGCAUGGAUGAUACCGAUGCUUGCGCUUGCGAAGCGCCAGGAGUUGCCCUACCCUGACAAGAUUACCCGCGCAAGUCCCACACAUGGUGAGUACGCUGGACAUGAUAAUGUGAUGUUCGUAUCGCCUUGCACUGCGGAAGAACUGCAUGCACUAGACAUACCCUUCGGCGAUUUUUUGUUGGAGAAAGCAGCCUUUCUGCGCAUGAACUGCUCAAAGAGGCAGCAGGGGCAAAACUUGGCCUCGAAAGUCGUGGUGGUGUAUAUGAACUUGCGGGAGAGCGGGUAUUUCGGACAUGCUAUCGACAACGUGCUGCCUCGAGUUUUCGCGGUUGUUGGGGGUGCCAGGCGAGCUGGACAUCGGGUGUCUCUGGUGCUUCCCCCUCUCGGACGAAGGUCCAUGAGCGAAAAUACGAAGUUGCUCUGCAAGUUUCUCGGCUUGGAGCUGCUUCAACGAGUGCCUUUGGAGCCGCACCGAGUGGUCGGGAUCAGUGGGGUUGCCGCCUGGAGCCGAGAGCUUCGUCAAAGCUUCCAGCAGGCCAUCCGAAGCUCUCCGCUCCUUCACUCCCAGUCCCAGCCUUCCGUGACGUGUCGAGAUGGCCUUGCACCCUUGGUGCCUGUGAGUGCCAAUGCAACGCCUUCCCUCAGCUCCGCCCUGUCGCAGUGUGCGGCCUGCAACACCGGGCUACCGCUCCGAAGCGGCAAAGGCGGCAACGCGUCCUCCGCCGGGAUUUUUCUUGGCCGCCACGGCGGGACCCGGAAUGCGAGGCCCGUGGAGGGUGCCCUUCUCCUGGAGGAGGCCUUCCGAAAACGGGAGUUUCUUGUUUACGCAGAUGCCGGCGCGGUGUCCUUGCUGGAGCUCGCGCGGAGUCUCUACGGCAGUUGUCGGCUGGCGGGCUUCUCGGGGACAGCCAUGGCCAAUCUGAUCUUUCUACCACCAAGGGCUGCGGUGACAGAGUUCAACCCUUAUCUGCUGUAUGCCAACUACUGGCAGUGGUCUUAUGCCUUGGACUACUGCUACUGCCAACUCGCCAUUCCACAGAGCAUCACCGCAGAAGAGGCUGAGGCCUGGUCCUCGAAAGCUUUGGCGGAGACGGACAGCGACGCUCCCGAGCGUCGCGACACCGGGGGCCCAGGCAUCUCCGAAGAGACUCAUCUGGUACACUUCUCUGUUGGGGAACGCCUCGUGUACAGUUUCCGAUGUUUGGAACAGCGACUUGCUGCAAAGUACAAGGCGCAACCCAAGAUCAGGAAGGUCGCGGUGAGUGACGAGCAGGCCCGCGUGCUGCUUCAGCUCUGCACCUGCGCAGACGAGACUACAGCCGGCUCUAUGAGCAAGGAUGCGGAGGACUACGGCGCUGAAGUUGCGCAGCUACUCUUGGAGAAUGUUGUCGGUCAUUGGAAGUCAAAAAGUGCAGAUGUGGUGCUUGCCGAUGCACAGCAAAAUGACUUCGAGCUGCGACUGAAGGCCUUCAAGAUUUUGGGCACCUCCGUGGAAGGCUACGAGCGGGAAGUGCUCUUGGCCUGUGCCCACAGCGGCACCGAGCAGCUGAAGCUUCUCCUGGAAGCCACGGAGUCGCCGCCGGAGGCGCGGCUUCGCCGCCUGGCGCAGGCAGCCGUAGAAGGCGAAGCUCCGGCGAAGAUGCCUCGGACUCGGAUGGGCCCUGCUUUGGGAAAGGACCCUGACCCUACUGCGUCGAGCGAGGUGGCCACGGCCACGCUCCACAGGCCCGCGCUCGGGCGGAAUGGCUGCGGCUUUUGCAACCAGAUCACCGAUGAAGGACGCGAGACGCUCGCAAGGCUUCGCCUGGCCUCCGGGCGAGCCCUGGCCGCGGAGCGCCGGGCGGCCCAGCGCGUGCGCGUCGCAGGGGCCCUCGCCGCGGCGUCUGGACUGCACCAUACUGUACCAGAGGAGCUCCGAUCAGAGAAGGUCUGCCUCUGCUGCAAAGAGGAUGGUGGCAAGCUGCUGCUUUUCCCAUGUGGCCACACUGCCCAUGCCGCCUGCUUGGGUCGGAUAAAUGGUCGUUGUCCGGACUGCCAGAUUGAUCUGGAGGAGGACGAGGCUGUGUUACUCGAUGCCCUGCCAUCGAUGACGGGAAAGAGAAGCUGCAGAUUCAGCUCGAAGAUUGCUGCGAUUGCCUCAGAGCUGAAGCGUAUCGUUAGUCGCCUCGACGGGAAGGGAACAGCACAAUGUGUGCUUGUUUGCCAGUGGCCAUCUGCUUUAGCGCAGUUGGAAGCAGCUAUCAACGAAGAGGGCAUGACGCCUCUGGUUCUGCGCGCUGAGAGUGCGGGCGCAGGAGAAGAUGCUGACCAAAGAAUCAUUCUCCUCACACCCGACUUUGUACAGAAUCUCGGCAAAGCAAGCUUGCAAGCGAUUUGGCGCGAGCGACUGCUGGCACCUUGCUCUGUGCGCCAUAUUCUGAUCAUGAACCUUGUGCACAGUCCGGCCAAGCGCCACGAGUGGGAGAGGAAGAUCCUUGGCUUGGCACGGAUGGAAUCCUCUCUGGGCAUCGUCCCCGCAGUAGUGCUUCAUCGCUUCGUCGUCCAGGGCACGGUAGAGGAGGACCUCGAGACCACUCAGAGCUGA